AAGGACUGUCAAAGGGGAAAAUGGGGGUAAAGUUACUGGAAAGCUGUCGACGAGCUGCUUUUAUUCAUUGCAGUAAAAUGAAUCUGCUUUAGCAAACACUUAACUGUUCUAUCCACCUAAAAUAUUUAAAUUCAGUCAGUCGGCCAUUAUAAGCAGUUUUCGAAACUACAUAGUAAUUUCAUAUUCUACCAUUUUACAGCAGAAACGGCUUGCUUUGGAGGGGCACUAUGUUGUUUAGUAUCUGAAAAUAGUGCAUAUGGAGUACAGGUCUAGUGGUGAAAAUGCCAUUUUAAGUUGCAAGUUGGCUGGUUUUCAGGUUGGACCUUUCACUAGUUGUUAUUGAGGUCUGCGGUUCAUCAUAGUGUGGUGAAAUUACGUGUAUGGCUAUAUUAUUUUUAAUUUGUGGGUUAUUGGACGCUUUUGUGCUGCUACAUUAGUUGAGGCUCAUUGCUUGUGUUUGGUACGAAAGGAUACAUGGCUAAAUAGAUGUCGUGGAAUACAGACGUACGCAAAGCACAUUGUCAUCAUCCACUGCGAGAGAAUUACGCUUAUUUUAAUUUUAUUUUUUUAAUAUUAAAGUCUCCUUUAUAAGCUAAAGUCGUCAACGCUCAGUCGACUGCCUCAUCAUUGUCCACCAUUCCACGAGCAGAAGGCAGGGUAGCCGUCCCAAGCCACUUCUUCUUUCUACCCAUAUCAUAUCAAAUUUAUCCUGCUCCCUGCCGACAAAGCCAAACUGUUUAACCAAAGCCGAAACACCGAAAAAAAAAAAAAGAGGAAAAAAAAAAUCAUUUACAUUCCGCCACAUAACGUGUAAAAGACUGUCGGGCGCGCAGUUUGCCGCUCAGUAAAAUGGCUUCCACGUCUCCCCUCUCUGUUUCUCUCGGUUCUGGCCCUCCUCCUUUCCGCUGCCUGGUUUUAUACAGCCAUAUUGGCUCUCUAAUAUAGACUGCCCGGGAUGGGAAGGUGCUACUCGACGCUACGUCACCGGCUCUACAUAUAAACACCAGACUGUGCUUUAAAUAGUGGAGGAGCAGACGGGCCGAGGGGGAGGGAAGGAGAGACCGAGGUCUGUGCUGCGGACAUCGGGGCAGUGCGGUGGCCUGCAUGCGUGUCUCUGGGUGCCGCCUUUAGGUUGACGUGGUCGCGCUGUGUCCUGCCCGCCGGAGUGGCUUUGUAGACCCGUAAACGCAACUCGUUUCUCGUUGGAAGUCCACGAAUGUCACGCACCGUCCCGGAGGGACACCGUGACAGGAGGACGUGCACAGCUAGUUCAUAUGGAUUAGCGCAAUCACGCAAUGGCUGAAGCUCCGAGAUUACACUGGAGCAGCUUUACAGUAGUGCUGCCUGUAAACGACAAUACAUUAGAUGGGACCAUGCCAAUUAAUGGCUAUUUGUCAAACAUUAAUUUAAUGUAAUGCACAGCAUGGCAUGUUGCAUAUCUAUUGCUGUUAUGGCAGCCUAGACUAUACAAGUCUGUGAUUGAGGAUGUGAUCAACGAGGUGCGGGAGCUGUUCCUGGAUGAGGGGGUGGACGAGCAAGUUCUCCUGGAGCUGAAAACGCUAUGGGAGAACAAGCUGUUGCAGUCCAAGGCAGUGGAGGGCUUCCACACUGAGGAGCAGGCAGCCCUUCAGGCCGCUCAGCAGCAAAUGCAGCAGGCUCAGCAGGUUCAACAAGUGCAGCAGGUCCAGCAAGUCCAGCAGGUGACCCAACCACAGCAGACCCAGCAAGUCAUGCUCCCCACCCAGCAGCAGCAAGCUCCCCAGCAGCAAGUCAUUGUACAGGAUACGAAGAUGCUACAGCACAUGAGUGCUACGGGGAUGGUGAGUAGAAGUGCAGCAGCUACCGCAGCAACCCUUGCUCUGCCCACAGGAGCUGUCACCCCAUACCAACAGCUCAUCACCAGUCAAGGUCAGAUCCUGCAGGUGGUCCGUGCUGCCAAUGGGGCUCAAUACAUCAUCCAACAGCCCCAGCAGCAGAUCCUCCUGCAGCAGCAGAUGCAGCCUGGUGGUGUACAGGCACCGGUCAUACAGCAGGUCCUGACUCCUCUGCAGGGAGGCCUGCCUCAGCAAACAGGAGUCAUCAUACAGCCGCAGCAGAUUGUCUUAGCUCCGGGAAACAAAGUCCAAGGCAAUACACAGGUGAUGCAGGCAACGGCUAUGGCACCACAGCCUGGUCAGGCAGCAACAGCAGCUCAGGUCCAGCAGGUCCAGCAGGUCCAGCAGGUCCAGCAGGUCCAGCAGGCCCAGGGUGCAGCUGCACAACAGGCCCAACCGCAGCCCCAGGCCCAGCAACAGGCUCAACCCCAAGCUCAGCCUCAGGCGCAACAGCCGCCCAUGAUGCUGCAGGUAGAUGGAACCGGAGACACCUCCUCGGAAGAGGACGAAGACGAAGAGGAGGAGUAUGACGAAGACGACGAGGAGGAAAAAGACAAGGACGGUGGAGAGGAUGGGCAGGUUGAAGAGGAGCCGCUGAACAGCGGGGACGAUGUGAGCGAUGAAGAGGACCAGGAGCUGUUUGAUACAGAGAAUGUAGUGGUGUGCCAGUACGACAAGAUCCACAGGAGUAAGAACAAAUGGAAAUUCCACCUGAAGGACGGAAUCAUGAAUCUGAACGGGAGAGACUAUGUCUUCUCCAAAGCCAUCGGUGACGCCGAGUGGUGAAGUAGAAAAAAAACAAACAGACAAAGCAACAGGAGCAGGAACUCUGUAACUCCUUCUAUCCAGUUAACAGACACUUCAGCAUCCUUCCAUAUCCUGUGACUGGAUUCAUUCAGGAAACUACUUCUGAGUCUUUGAGAACUCUGACAAACCCAAAGGACUGUGAGGUACUGUAAAACCUGGGUGUCGUCAAAAACACUCGACUAGCCUUGCGGGAUGAGAAACCUACAGGGGGAGGGAAAUCCCGUGAACAGAGCAUUGUUUCUUUUGUUUUUUUCUUCUUCCAGGCUUCUCUGCCCUUUUCCUGAGAGAAUUCACAUACUUCAGAAAGUAAGCAUUUCACGUCACACAGGUGUAGUGGACCAGGCGAGCUGACCUGCCCUGCCACAGGAGGUCAGAGCUCAUUCGUUAGAACACCAUAGAUGAGAAACACCUUUUGUAAUGCACUGUAGUCGGUUGACUGGAUUGACUCGUGUCUACAUUUAAGUCCAAACUUAGUGCCACCAGUCAAGAUCGCUGCCUUUAGAAUGACCAGAAUCACCUUUUGGCUUCUAAUAUUUGUUCAUAAUUCUGUCUCAAUUCAUGUUUUUGAAAAUGGUGCUCCAGAGCAUUUUAUGUAGUUAAUCUAUUAUUGUUUUAAACUUUUUUUUAAAAAAACCUCUUUGAUGAAGGGUUAAGAACCAGAAGGAAAGAUUACAUUCAUCUUAAAAUGACUUAUAGUUGGCAUUUUUUUUAAUCUAAGCAGUGCUGAAUCCAAAAAUACUGUUGUGUUGUUUUUUUUUCCCGCUGACUUUUCUGGAGUUUCAUUCCAUCUUUAUCCUAAAACACGAGAAAAAAAAAAAAUCAAUGAAUAUAUUUAGGAACUGUACAAAACAUCCGAAAGUUUGUCCUGUUGGUGUAUCUCCUUUGCUCUCAUUUUAGUUCCCUGCAGCCGCCUGAAAUUUUGCACUGUCAAUUUAUCAAUGUGUUGUGAAGUCGGUCAGUCCAAUUAAUCAAUAGCCACAGCGUUCUUCUCUCUUCUGUCCGUGUGUGUGAGUGUGUCACCGCUUUCCCUGGAAAUGUAUUGGUUUCUUCUCUUGCACAUCCUGUAAUCUGAAAACGUCAGCUCAAGCAGUGAGGGCAGCGGCGUUUUUUUUUUUUCCCCAUUUCCCUAUUUAUUCCUGAAAGUUCAUCAAAUGUUCUAUUUUUUUUUUUUUUUUUUUUUUUUUUUUGAAAGGUUGGAAAGCCGUACCAGACUGUGCUCUUAUAAUCUUAUAAGUGUUCCUUUUUUUUCUGUUGGUUGGACAAAAGCUAAGCAACGCUGUGUUUCAAAUCAUUUCGUCCACCAUGUGUUCUCCUGUGCUUUCAUUUUAUUCAUGACUUUUAAAAUGAGAAUAUUUUCUAUCGGGGUGAGUUUAACUCGGGGGGGCCUGUGUGUUUCUCUGCAGUUUGUUUUUAGUGCCCCUGUUGCAGCAAUUUGAAAUAAAGUAUACGUGUUUUUGA